AUGGAUUACAGUACCAACACAUAUACCAAGAUCUAUGCCCCAGUUGUCAUUGACAGCAGUUGCUCUGAUGUUGAGGACGUAGAGAACUUUCAGAAGGAAGACAGAGACACCGAUAUUGGACUGACGGCUGCAGACAUUCUGUCAAAUCUGUCAUUCAACAUUAACACAAUGAGCUGUAGCAGCCUUUUGGUCAAAUUCACCGAUGACAUCGGGCAAACAGAGGAGGCUGUGGACACAGGAGGGCCUACGCGGGAAUUUCUUACACUCUUGAUGGACGCCAUUAAAACCAGUAGAUUUUUUGAAGGCAAAGAUGAUGGCAAAUACCUGUCAUUUGAUAGCAAAGCUGCAGAAGGUGAUGAGUAUUUCCAGGUUGGAAGAAUGGUUGCGGUCUCUAUUGUACAUGGUGGUCCAGGGCCUCGAUGCUUUUCCCCAAGCUUCUACCAGUACCUGGUUGGUAAAGUGAAGACCAUUGAGGCCCCAAUUGAGGAUAUACCUGAUACUGAAGUCAGGAAUGUUCUCCUUGAGAUUAAGAAUGCUAGAACAUUGGAGGAACUCGUAGAACUCGCAGAUAAGCACUCCAGCAUGCUUCAGACAGCAGGAUGCUAUCGAUGCCUGAGGACACUGGGGGAUAAGGAAAAAGUUGUGGAUGGUUACAUCCAGUGGUAAUUCACCUACCGCAACCAUGUUUCCUUCCAGAG